AUGGGUUUGAAUAUGGCAAUAAAUCUGGAUGUGCAGGAGUUGGUGGUUUUAGGGGAUUCCGAUUUGCUCAUUCGACAAGCUCGAGGCGAAUGGGAGACUCGAGACAUUAAACUCAUGCCGUACAAACAAUGUUUAGAAAACCUCAUCAAAAGAUUCAAGUCCAUUGAAUUCAGGUACAUUCCCAGGUUUCACAAUGAGUUAGCUGAUGCUUUGGCCACCCUAGCCUCGAUGCUUCCAUACCCGGGUAAUACCUAUAUUGACCCGUUGGAAAUCCAAGUUAGGGAUCAACAUGGUUAUUGCAAUAUAAUUGAAGUAGAGCCAGACGGUGAGCCCUGGUAUCACGACAUUAAACGGUUUUUAAAAGCUAAAGAAUAUCCAAUACAUGCUGAUAGAGAUAAAAAAAGAACUAUUAGGCGACUCGCCAAUGGGUUCUUCUUGAGUGGCGAUAUCUUAUAUAAAAGGACUCCAGAUUUGAAUCUAUUGCGAUGUGUGAAUAUUCAAGAAGCAGAAACAAUUAUGAAUGAGGUGCAUUCAGGGGUUUGUGGCCCUCACAUGAACGGUUAUGUUCUAGCAAAAAAGAUUAUCCGGGCAGGGUACUAUUGGUUGACCAUGGAGCGAGAUUGCUUUCGAUUUGUACGCAGGUGCCAUCAGUGCCAAAUUCAUAGCGACUUGAUUCACUCACCCCUUUAG